AUGCAGAUGCAGAUGAUCCCGAUGCAGCCGAUUCAGCCACGGGUGCAGCAGGCCGUGCUCAAGCAGCCAGUGCUGUCGCAUAUGUCGCAUGUGCGGCCAGCGCAGCCGUGGCUUGGGCAGCAGCAGCUGCAGCAGCUGCCAGCUCAGGUGAGGCCGGCUGCGGGGCCGGCGCCAGCCGCGAUGCCAACGCCCAUGGUGCACAUGGCGAAGCUGGCCAGGCCAUUGCGUUGGGUGUAUGCUGCCCCUAUGCAUCCUAUGCAACGCACCCAAGGACGCAGCAAUCAGGUGGUGCUUCCAUUCCAACAGGUUGUUUCGACCAAGGUGGCUCCAGAGCGGAAGGAGCUUCCCAAAGAGGUGGUGUCCACGCAGGUGAAAGCACCAGAGCGCAAAGAGCUCCCGCUGAUUGAUGGCCAAGUUCCCAAAGACGCCGGUGUCGAGGGCAUGCACCCAAUCGAUUUCAAAGCGUUUUGGGAGCAGAAUCAGCAAAAUAUGGUUGUGGUCGACCUGCGCGGUGAAGACCGCGCAAGUGGCCACAUCGCAGGGACAGUUCAUGUCCCAGCCAUGGAUCUCCUCAAGGAGAUCCAGAAAUUUGUGGAGAUGUUUUCGGACCAGCCCAUCGUGGCCUUCCUGUGCCAAUACUCGGCACAUAGGGCUCCGACAGUCGCCAACUUCUACCGAAAGAGCUGCCCAACCAAGCAGCGCGUGAUGAUCCUGGAGGGCGGCUUCAGGGGAUGGGAGGCCCAUGACCUCCCUAUCCAGCAGAUUGAGACGAAACUGUCCCAGAAAGCGGCUGACCAGCUUGCACUGAAGAUCGGGAAGGUGGACAUCUCUUUGCCUGUGGAGGUCGCGAUGGCGAUAUCUACCUCAGCCGAGUGCUUUCAGCUACCUGAGGUCGAAGUGCUGCAGGUUUCCACAUCUCGCCGAGCCAUUCAGCUUCGUCAGCUUGGUCAGAAUCCUGCGAGGCCCAUGGCGAUGCCAGUGGCGAUGCCAGUAGCGAUGCCAACGCCCAUCGUGAAGGCCGUGGUCAAGCCCGUGGUGAAGCCAUCGCAAUGGAUUUAUGCCUUGCUCCAAAGCACCCCAGGACGCAGCACCAGGUGGUCCUCUGUGGAAGGAACGGCAAAUAUCCCAGCCAUGGAUCUCCUCAAGGAGAUCGGGAAAUAUGUGGAGGUCGCAAACUUCUACCGAAAGAGCUGCCAGUUCAAACAGCGCGUGAUGAUCCUGGAGGGCGGCUUCAGGGGAUGGGAGGCCCAUGACCUCCCUAUCCAGCAGAUUGAGACGAAACUGUCCCAGAAAGUGUGUGACCAGCUGGCCCUGAUUGGGAAGGAUGUUUCCAAGUUGACCGGCUGGAACGCGUGUGACCAGCUGGCCGUGAAGAUUGGCCAGAGUGGGCAUCUUUUUGCAAUAUCACUCCUCAGCCGAGUGCUUUUAGCUGUACCUGAUGCUCCAGACGGGGCUGCGGCACUCGGAGGUUUGCCGUGGUCCAAGCAAAUUGAAACGGUUUCGUUCUGCAGCAAGUUCCACAUCUCAACGCCGAGCCAUUUGCAGCGCUUUGCCGUUUCCUUUUCAGCCAUGCAGAUGCAGAUGAUCCCGAUGCAGCCGAUUCAGCCACGGGUGCAGCAGGCCGUGCUCAAGCAGCCAGUGCUGUCGCAUAUGUCGCAUGUGCGGCCAGCGCAGCCGUGGCUUGGGCAGCUGCAGCUGCAGCAGCUGCCAGCUCAGGUGAGGCCGGCUGCGGGGCCGGCGCCAGCCGCGAUGCCAACGCCCAUGGUGCACAUGGCGAAGCUGGCCAGGCCAUUGCGUUGGGUGUAUGCUGCCCCUAUGCAUCCUAUGCAACGCACCCAAGGACGCAGCAAUCAGGUGGUGCUUCCAUUCCAACAGGUUGUUUCGACCAAGGUGGCUCCAGAGCGGAAGGAGCUUCCCAAAGAGGUGGUGUCCACGCAGGUGAAAGCACCAGAGCGCAAAGAGCUCCCGCUGAUUGAUGGCCAAGUUCCCAAAGACGCCGGUGUCGAGGGCAUGCACCCAAUCGAUUUCAAAGCGUUUUGGGAGCAGAAUCAGCAAAAUAUGGUUGUGGUCGACCUGCGCGGUGAAGACCGCGCAAGUGGCCACAUCGCAGGGACAGUUCAUGUCCCAGCCAUGGAUCUCCUCAAGGAGAUCCAGAAAUUUGUGGAGAUGUUUUCGGACCAGCCCAUCGUGGCCUUCCUGUGCCAAUACUCGGCACAUAGGGCUCCGACAGUCGCCAACUUCUACCGAAAGAGCUGCCCGUCCAAGCAGCGCGUGAUAAUCCUAGAGGGCGGCUUCAGGGGAUGGGAGGCCCAUGACCUCCCUAUCCAGCAGAUUGAGACGAAACUGUCCCAGAAAGCGGCUGACCAGCUUGCACUGAAGAUCGGGCAGGAAGUUUCCAAGUUGACCGGCUGA